CAGGUAAUUUGUAACAUUUGUUUCUUGGCAGUGAAUAUAUUUUAUAUUAGAGCUUCACUUGGCAUCCUAAAAGCAGAUGACAUGGAUAAAAUUAAUCAGACAUUUGCAUCGGACUUUAUUCUUCUGGGACUCUCUGGUUACCCAAAACUUGAGAUCAUUUACUUCGUUCUAAUUCUAGUAAUGUAUCUAGUGAUUCUAAUUGGAAACGGUAUUCUGAUCAUAGCAAGCAUCUUUGAUUCCCGUCUUCACACCCCCAUGUACUUCUUCCUGGGCAACCUCUCUUUCCUGGACAUCUGCUAUACAUCCUCCUCUGUUCCCUCAACUUUGGUGAGCUUAAUUUCAAAGAAAAGGAACAUUUCCUUCUCUGGAUGUGCAGUGCAGAUGUUCUUUGGGUUUGCAAUGGGGUCAACAGAAUGUUUGCUCCUUGGCAUGAUGGCUUUUGAUCGCUAUGUAGCCAUCUGUAACCCUCUGAGAUACCCUGUCAUCAUGAGCAAGGUGGUGUAUGUACCGAUGGCUUCUGUGUCAUGGCUCUCUGGUGGAAUCAACUCAAUUGUGCAAACAUCUCUUGCCAUGCGAUUGCCUUUCUGUGGGAAUAAUGUUAUCAAUCAUUUCACAUGUGAAAUAUUAGCUGUCCUUAAGCUAGCUUGUGCUGACAUAUCCCUCAAUAUUAUCACCAUGGUGAUAUCGAAUAUGGCAUUCCUGGUUCUUCCACUGCUGGUCAUUUUUUUCUCCUAUAUGUUCAUCCUCUACACCAUCUUGAGAAUGAACUCAGCCACAGGGAGACGCAAAGCCUUUUCCACCUGCUCAGCACACCUGACUGUGGUGAUCAUAUUUUAUGGUACCAUCUUCUUCAUGUAUGCCAAGCCCAAGUAUGCCAAGCCCAAGUCUCAAGAAUUGCCUGGAGAAGACAAGUUUCAAACUUCAGACAAGCUCAUUUCCCUCUUUUAUGGGGUAGUGACCCCCAUGCUAAAUCCUAUAAUCUAUAGCUUGAGAAAUAAGGAUGUAAAAGCUGCUGUAAAAUAUCUUCUGAACCAAAAACCUAUUUGGUAA